GUUUCACAACCACGCAAUAAUACCCUUGCAUUUCUAGGACAACAACUUAGAUCAUGCUAAUACUACAGAUUGAUCUGUGGUGAGGUUCUUGCUCAAAUAAUCUCGCAAAAUGCAGGCAAGACGACACAUCCUCUUGGCCGCUCGUCGGGCCUCCAAUACCUCAACCACAGGUUCUCUCCGGCGGCCACAACAGUUGUCUUGUUUGAGUGGCGCAUUAGCAUCAAGAGUCGCCGCAUUGCCAGCCUCCCCUCGCUUGCUACCCAUCACUUUAACUCGAGUAUACUCGAAUGGCCGACCCCAUCCUCCAGGCGGAACGCAUCGCAUGAACCUUGGUGGCGAGGAGGAAAAGCCAGCACUCGAACAAUACGGGAUUGACUUGACGAAAAGGGCAAAGGACGGAAAGCUUGACCCCGUCAUCGGCAGGGACGCGGAAAUCCAGCGUACGAUCCAGGUGCUUUCUCGAAGGACGAAGAACAACCCCGUCUUGAUUGGAAAUGCUGGAACUGGCAAGACAGCAAUCCUUGAGGGUCUCGCGCUCAGGAUUGUGCGUGGAGAUGUUCCGGAGAGUAUAAAGAAGAAGAGGGUUAUCAGCUUGGACCUCGGUUCGCUCAUUGCAGGAGCCAAGUUCAGGGGCGAUUUCGAAGAGCGUCUGAAGAAGGUUCUGACCGAGGUCGAGCAAGCACACGGGGAAGUUAUUCUUUUCAUCGACGAACUGCACACGCUUUUGGGGCUUGGAAAGGCUGAGGGCUCUAUUGAUGCGUCGAAUCUCCUCAAGCCGGCCCUGUCGCGAGGCGACCUCCAGUGCUGCGGUGCCACCACCCUUGCUGAAUACCGUCUGAUCGAGAAAGAUGUGGCACUGGCCCGGCGAUUCCAACCGAUCCUUGUCAACGAACCCACAGUUCAGGACACAAUCAGCAUCCUCCGUGGAAUCAAGGAGAAGUACGAGGUUCAUCACGGCGUUCGCAUUACUGAUGGCGCCCUAGUAGCAGCUGCUACUCUCUCGAAUCGAUAUGUCACCGACCGCUUCCUUCCUGACAAGGCGAUCGAUCUUAUGGAUGAGGCGGCUAGCUCGCUUCGCCUGCAGCAGGAAAGCAAACCAGAGGACAUCAUGGGCCUUGAUCAGAGGAUCAUGACAAUACAAAUCGAGCUCGAAAGCCUACGGAAUGAAAAGGACAUUGCGAGCCGAGAGCGCCGCGAAAAGCUCGAGCAGGAUCUGAAGGCAUGCCAGGAAGAGGCCAAGACGCUCACGGAGAGGUGGGAGAAAGAGAGGACGGAGAUCGCCGCCAUCAAAAUGGCGCAGGCCGAACUUGACAAGGCUCGCGUCGAACUCGAUCGAGCACAAAGGGAGGGUAACUUUGCACGGGCCUCGGAGCUGAGGUUCGGAGUGAUCCCUUCUCUCGAACAAAAGGUGCCCAAGGAAGACGAGAAACCAGCUGCGGACGGCACUCUCAUACACGACUCGGUGACUGCAGAUGAUAUUGCGACAGUCGUGUCGAGGAUUACAGGCAUCCCGGUGGCCAAGCUUACUUCGGGUCACAUCGAGAAGCUUAUCAACAUGGAAGAUAUAUUGAGGCAAUCCGUACGAGGCCAGGACGAGGCUCUCAAGGCUGUUGCAGACGCCGUCAGAAUGCAGCGAGCGGGCUUGAGUGGCGAGAAUCGACCCCUGGCCUCAUUUUUCUUUCUCGGCCCUACGGGUGUCGGCAAGACGGAGCUCUGCAAGAAACUGGCCGCCUUCCUUUUCUCGACCGAGUCUGCCGUUGUACGGUUCGAUAUGAGCGAAUUCCAGGAGAAACACACAAUCUCCCGGCUUAUCGGUGCGCCUUCUGGCUACGUCGGCUACGACGAUGCCGGACAGCUGACCGAAGCGGUUCGCCGGAAACCGUACGCCGUGCUACUCUUUGACGAAUUUGAGAAGGCUCACCGUGACAUUUCGGCGCUGCUCCUGCAGGUGCUGGACGAAGGCUACCUCACCGACGCUCAGGGACACAAGGUGGACUUCAAGAACACCAUCAUUGUUCUCACCUCGAAUCUCGGGGCAGAGAUCCUGGUCGGCGCCGACAAGAUUCAUCCAUACCACGAAGGCCCCGAAGGCGAAAUCCCCCAGGACGUGAAGAAGGCAGUGAUGGACGUGGUCGCUGCCAACUACCCGCCCGAAUUUCUGAACAGGAUAGACUCCUUCAUCGUCUUUAAGAGGCUCUCCCUGCAGGCACUCCGAGACAUUGUCGACAUCCGGCUGCGGGAGCUUCAGGGGCGUUUGGAUGACCGCCGCAUUACCCUGGUCGUCGACGACGAAGUACGCCAGUGGUUGGCGGAACGGGGCUAUGACCCCAAGUUCGGUGCCAGGCCGCUGAAUCGACUCAUCACGACCGAGAUAGGAAACAAUCUCGCCGAUAAGAUCAUUCGGGGGCAGAUCAAGACGGGUGAUACCGCUGUCGUUAAGAUCAACGAGGACAAGACCAGUCUCGCAGUCUAUCUAGAGGCUGCUUCAUGAGAUACGAGGUGCCGCCAUUGUUUGUUAUAAUGUUAAU